AUGUCGCAUCAGGAGCAACAAGAGCAAGAAAUCGAAGCGCUUGAAGCGAUUUACUCAGAAGAGGAGAUACAAGUUAUAUGCCGAGAUUAUCCGAACAUCGAAUUGAGUAUUGAGCUGAAGUCGAAUCAGUAUGACGACCCUUCCGAUGACGAUUUCGACGUUUCGUUAGGGAUCGAAUUCACUGAAAGCUAUCCCGACGAGAUUCCAAUAAUUACUCUAGCUGGAAUCGAAGAUGUAUUCAGCGAGGAGCGGAUUUCUGAAUCUAUUCAAAAGCUACGAGCCGUUGCCGAAGAGAAUCUCGGUAUGGUGAUGGUUUUCGCAAUAGUCUCCGCACUUCAAGACGAAAUCGGUGAUCUAGUGGAUCUGAAAAAGAAAGCGAAAGAGGAAAUCAAAGAGAUUGAAAAAGAGAAAAAAGAGGCAGAGAGCCGGAAGAAGUUCGAAGGAACCGUGGUCACACCGGAGUCGUUCCGUGAGUGGAAAGAGAAGUUCGAUUCUGAGAGAAAAGCGGUGAUAGAUGCAGCUGAAAAGGAGAGAUUGGCUAAUUUGGCAGGGCGGUUAACAGGUCGACAACUAUUCCUUCGUGAUGCUACACUCAAUUUAUCGGAUGUUACUUUGAUUGGAGCACAGGACGAAGUGGAAAUCGAUGAGAGUCUUUUUGAUAAUGAGGAACUCGAAGGGCUCGAUAUGGAUUCUGAUGAGGAUUUUGAUGAGUAA